GCCAGUGUUUGUGUUUACAAUUCAAAGUCAUUCGGAGACAUGGAGGAUCAAUAGUUCGUUUGUCGUUUUCCGCUUUGUAUAAUCGCGUUAAUUCCAUCUGUUCUGUGAUAGUGCCUAAGUAUGCCGUCUCGCGGGGAGGAUAUUCUCAAAGGUUUCCAGGUUAAUUGGAUGAAUCUACGUGAUGCCGACAGUGGAAAAAUUCUCUGGCAGGGUAACGAAGACUUAUCUGUACCUGACGUAGAACAUGAAGCACGUGUACCGAAAAAGAUCUUGCGAUGUCGCGCGGUGUCGAGGGAGAUAAACUUCAGCUCUGCAGAACCAAUGGAAAGGUUUCGCCUAGAACAGAAAGUACUGUUCAAAGGGCGCUGUUUGGAAGAGUGGUUCUUUGAGUUUGGAUUCGUUAUUCCCAACAGCACUAACACAUGGCAAAGCUUGAUCCAAGCAGCACCUGAGAGUCAAAUGAUGCCGGCAAAUAUACUAAACGGCAACGUCGUAAUAGAAACAAAAUUCUUUGACGAUGAUCUUUUGGUGUCUACCAGUCGAGUCCGUCUCUUCUAUGUCUAAGGCGAUUUCCAAACGGUCCUAAUCGUACAUAACACGGGACCAAUCAACGUGAACAGAGACCCUAUACAAAAUUAGAAUAACGCACGUGUGAAAAGUUUCUUACAAACUGAACAUUUUUUUCCUUUGAUAUUAAACACUUCUUAUGCAUACAUUAAUAAGACGAUAUUGAUAAAUCUCAUAAUUUUGUAAAAAUUUACAUUUUUAGAGAGAUUCACGUAGUCAAUACAAAAUUUAAAGUAUUAUCAGUAGCAUAAUUCAAACAGGCCUAAUGUGUUGAAAAUACGUUUUUCACUUUUGAAGAAUGUGAGGAUAUGACUUGCACUGCUAAAGCACAUAAUUUAUUUGUUUUAAGUGUGAAUAAAUGCAAUAAGUUUUGUACAUAUUAUAAUACACUACA